AGCAAUCCAAUCAAUUGAAACUGAUUUAAUUGUCAGAACUAGGAUUUUUCGAAAUUUUCUUUCGAUUUGGUAAUAUGUCAAAAAAUGAAGAUCGUAAAGGAUCAGAUCAGGACGAGGAGGAUGACAAUGAAAACGAAAAGAAAAAGAAAGAGAGUAUUAGAAAACCGCGAUUUUCCCCUGCACCAAUUAGGCCGGGGCAGAGCGACGAUGACGAAGUUAAUGUGACCUAUGUGGAGCCGGACGAAGUCGCUGAUGAUUCUUCCAAUCGCUCCUGGUGGCAGAGUCCGCCCGAUAUGCUGCCUUCGUUCUCGUGGGAUGGGCCUGAUUACUUCGAUUUCGAUGACCUGCUUCCGGUAAUUGGCGAGUUUGGUCGCUUCCAGUUUGUCCUUUUUCUGUACAUGAUCCCCUUCGGAUACAUCGCUGCCUUUGUAUACCUGGGACAGAUAUUCAUGACCCUGAAGCCCCACAAGUACUACUGCUUCGUGCCACAACUGACCCUGGUUCCUGGCGAGAACUUGCGGAAGCAGCUCUCGAUUCCCCGGGAGACGGAUGGAUCGUUUAGCCGUUGCCGGAUGUUUGACAGGAACUAUACCAAUAUGCAUGCCUCUGUUGCCAACAACACACAUUAUGUAGAUGACUUGCUGCCGACGAUUCCCUGCCAGUACGGAUACGUCUUUGAGGAGGAGAACCUGCGGUUCUAUUCGGCCACCAUGGAAUUUGGCUGGCUGUGCGAUAACGACAUGUACGCCACGUAUUCCCAGUUCAUCUUCUUUGUAGGAUCUAUUUUGGGGUGUGUGGGCUAUCCGUACUUUGCCGACCAUGUCGGACGAUUGGGGGCAUUGGUCAGUAGCUGCUCCCUGGCCAUAUUGGGCAGUUUGGCAACCGCGGCCUCCUCGAAUUUUUAUGCAUUUUCCCUUGCCAGAUUGCUUGUUGGGGCCUCGUAUGACACCUGCUUCACCAUGGCAUAUAUUGUGGUGCACGAGUAUGUGGGUCCAAAUUAUCGCACAGUGGUGGCCUACUUAACAUUGGCCUUGUUCUACUGUCCAUUUACGAUGCUGAUGCCCUGGAUGGCUCUGUUGGUCGGCAACUGGCGGAGGUUCGCCCUGAUGGGAUGUCUGCCUAUCAUCUUUGGAAUGGUCUCCUACUUCCUGCUGCCAGAAUCGGCACGCUGGCUGGUGUCCAGGGGAAAUUUUGACAAGGCGCUGAAGCUCCUGAAGUUGGCGGCGCGGCAGAACAGAAAAGUGGUGCCGGCGGAUGUGCUCGACAACUUCAAGGUGAGCUGUGCGGAGUUCUACCAAGAGGAGACAAAGGGACGCAAAUUUACUUUCCUCUCGAUAUUCAGGCGGCGCCGCAUGGCACGCUUUAUGAUCCUGCUGAUCUUUCUCUGGAUGACCAUAUCGCUGGUGUACGAUGGCCAGGUGCGGGUGGCCAGUGUCCUCGAUACGAAGAAUCUAUUUGUCUACUUCACGUUGUCCUGUGCAACGGAACUGCCUGGCUAUUUCCUAGUGUUCCUGACCCUCGAUCGAUUUGGGCGGCGUUGGAGCUCCUUUGCGUUCACCACCUUCAGUGGAGUCUUCAGCCUGAUCGGUUCCGGAAUGAAAACCUUGCCACUCAUGAAGAUUUGCGCUUUGGCAAGUCGGUUCUUUGCCAGCAUGUCCUUCAACAUAGGACUUCAGUGGGCGGCCGAAAUUCUGCCGACGGUGGUGCGUGGCCAGGGAGUGUCCUUCAUUCACACAAUGGGCUUUGUUGCCAUGCUAGGUUCCCCACCGAUUAUCUACCUUAGCCACUUUUCCGUCUACCCGAUGCUGUUGGUGCUUGGAUGUAUCGGCCUUUUCGGAGGACUGGUGUCGCUGCUGCUGCCGGAGACCCUUAACCACGAGUUGCCCGAAACUAUAAGCGAGGGCGAAGAUUUCGCCAAGGAUCAGAGGUUCUGGCACAGUCCCUGCUGCGGUCCCGGCCGUCGAAAAUCCCAUCCCAGGCACUCGCGGAUGGGCUCCACCCUGAGAACUGUGUCGCGGGACGAGUACCGCUCCUCCAAACUACACCGCCAUGUGAACAGGCCGGACACGGUUUACGUUCUGCAGCGUAGCAGCACCAUUUCCAGUCACGAGAGGCUCAGCGAAAGGGAGAUCAGAACCAUACAAUUCAAUACCAGUGACUGUGUGUGACAAUUGAUUGAAGAGACAUAACUUGUAGAUUUAAUUAUGUUCUUUUAUAGCUUUUUUUAAUAGCU